UCUUCACGUGGACUCGGCCUCGAGAUCGUGAGGCAGCUGAUCAGGUCUCCCGCCAACCUCGUCAUUGCGACGUGUCGCAAUCCUGCCAAUGCCACUGCGCUGCAGGCGCUUAAGAGCGAUGCGAAAGGGCCGCUUCACAUCAUUCCGCUGGACGUUAGCGACCCCAACUCCAUCAGGAGCUCGGUCAAGACGGUCGGAGAUAUCCUUGGUGAACAAGGGCUCGACUAUCUCUACAACAACGCUGGGAUCACCCCGGGUCCCGAGGCUGCUUUCGACUUUGAGUACUCCGCCUUGCUUGAAACGCUGCAGGUCAAUAUAGCGGCGCCUGCGCUGAUAUCGCAGGUGUACCUUCCUCUCGUUGAGAAGAGCAACCGCAAGGUUAUCGUUAAUGUCUCGAGCGCGCUCGGCAGCCUCGCGCUCAAUACUUGGGGGUCUGUGCAAUCUGUGUACAGUGUCACUAAGGCCGGGCUUAACAUGCUGACGAAAAAGCAGGCAAAUGCCAAGCCUGAUCUCAUCGUGAUCACAGUAUCUCCCGGGUGGACCAAGACAGACAUGGGAGGGUCCAAUGCGACGCUUGAGCCAUAUGAGAGUGUAGAAGGGCAGCUCAAGCUUGUGAAGGGUUUGACGCUGCAGGAUUCGGGCAAGUUCUUCGAUCAAACUGGCGGGAUCCUACCGUGGUAA